GCACGGCCACAAAGACUUGCGCUUUGAGUUUUCAAAAUACAAUAUUUAUUGAGGUUGUGAAUCUUUUGCAAAAUUCUUUAUUUUCAUUAAGGUGCGCCAACACUAUUCGAAUAUUUAGCGUUAUCCUCACCAGCCGGCAACCUAACGUCAGCACUCACAAUGCCCCCAAGAAUCUCUAAAUAAAAUGAGCCAUGACCUCCAUCCUCGAAGAAAAACUGCGUGAAGCCGCCUGCAUAGGCGAUAUCGAAGGUGUCUUGGCCCUCUUGUCGCAAAAUCUCGACAUAAACUCGAAAAACGGCGUUAAUGGAUGGACGGCUCUGCACUGGGCCGCUAAACGAGGGAACACGCAAGUAGCAGACCUUCUGCUCAAUCACGGGGCCAACCCUAAGAUCGAGAAUAGCAAAGGUGAAACGCCUGGUAAUCUUUGCUCUAAUCCCAACACACUUGCUUUGUUAGGGGAAGAUCCGGCGCAGGCUGCCAACAACGAGGAACAAGUCGUGAAAUUCACGCCGAAUUAUUUGAAAAACCCCCCGAUUAACGGGCAGGUGGACAUCGGGAAGUUGAGGGGCAAGCCGGACUUUUCCGCCAUGCCGACGACGACUUUGCCGGCUUGUUUGAAUGAUGAUCUCGUUUUAAAUGUGCGGAUCGCUGGGUCGAGCGAUCCGGAUUUCAUCGAAGUGGAGAUUCCGAGAUGGAAGUUGACGUAUUCGAGUUUGUUGAAGAUUUGUUGCGAGGAAUUGGAGUUGCUGGAAUCUCAGGUUGAGAGAGUCAGGAAGUUGCCUAAUACGAGGUUGAGGAAGGACAGUGAUGUGAAGAGAUUGAAUAACUUCCAGAGUCUCGAGUUAGUGCUCAAGACGCCACUCGGCAGUGAUAAACCCACAAAUUGUUAUCAGAGUAUAUCGACGUGCAAGAAUCAAACUAUUUUGUACUGAAGGCUGUAGGUGACUACUUUAGGAAGUGCAUCAUGAUAUCAUUAAUUCUAACAUGAAACUCCACAAUUUAUAAUAAUAUUUAUUUAUUAGUGAUAUAGGGACUAGUUUGAACAAUAAAUUUUAAACAUUA